CGAUAACGAACAUUGCGAAUACGUCCUCAGCGCACGAGGGCACCCACCGGCUCCCAAUGGCUGCAAAGUGGGCUCAGUGCAGGAUUCCAGAAAUUCGCCGUCCGGAGCUCCGUGCAACAUGAGCCAGCGGAGGAAAUGCCAGUAAUCAGCGCGCGGUUCAUUUGCUGCAAGGGCGGGCAAUGGCAUGCCUUUAUAUCACGCGGUGUGGUCGCUCCUCCUACCCGUUUGUGUGACCCGUUCUUUCUCUUGUGUCUCUUGUGUCUCUUGUGUCUCUUGUGUCAAUCUGAAGCACAGAAGAAAGGAGCAUCAACACUUGAAUAAUAGCAAAGAUGUCCAUCUCGUCUAUCAAGAGCUUGCUCGCCAGCUACUCUCCUGUCUCGGACAGAGACUCGUCGGACAUGGAGAAGGAUUUUGCUCGCCCGCUGCGCGAGGGUUCCGACGUCGAGCUGGCUGACGGCCUGUCCGCUGCUCGUCUGCGUAAACAGGACGCCGACAAGAAGAGCUUCCGCAUCGUCGACGGGCGUACAGUGUCCGAUGCCAUCAUCGGUCUGUCCGACGGGUUGACGGUGCCCUUCGCCCUGACUGCAGGCCUGUCUGCCCUGGGCGACACCAGAGUGGUCGUCUUUGGCGGUAUGGCCGAGCUCAUUGCCGGUGCCAUCUCUAUGGGGUUGGGCGGAUAUCUGGGUGCGAAGAGUGAAGAGGAAUCAUACAGGGCUACGCUGAAGGAUACAAAGGAACAGAUCCUGAUUGACCCGGCCUCCGUGGUGGACACCAUCGCCGACAUCUUCACACCCUACGAUCUUCCCGAGGAGCUGGUCAGCCAGCUGACGAUGCACAUGGCCUCCUCUCCCGAGCUGCCCUCCUUCCUGAUGAACUUCCACCACACCCUCGAGGAGCCCGCAGCUUCGCGCGCCCUCGUCUGCGCCCUCACCAUCGCCAUGGGCUACUUCAUCGGCGGCUUCAUCCCGCUGCUCCCUUACUUCUUCGUCGGGCCCCACGGCGCCUUUGUUGCCCUGCAGUGGUCCAUUGCCGUCAUGGCCUUUGCCCUCUUCCUCUUCGGCUACACCAAGACAUGCUUCGUCAGUGGCUGGCGCGGCGCACAAAACAUCCGUCGCGGCGUCAUCGGCGGCUUCCAAAUGGUUCUCGUCGGGGGGGUCGCUGCCGGCUCGGCAAUGGCCCUCGUCAAAGCAUUCCAAGUCCUGGCACAUUCCGGGCCGGGCGGACCGGACGACCACAAUCGCGAGCACCCUUAAUGAUCCCCUCUCACGUGCUGCCCUAAUUUUUUUUUUCUUGCUUGGUUUUGCUUCCUGAACUCUUGCACAUUUUACUCUUGGUUUUCUAAUGGGAAAAGGGGGCGUUUAGGAUGGAUGGUUAUACCGAGACCGGCUCGGAUGAUGUACAUAUCACUGUGUUUUCUUCUUCUUCCUCUUCUUAUGCCUCACAUAUGCUAUGACAGUAUGCUAAAUGG